AUGUAUUUGGAGCCGAAUUUAAAAGUAUUUUCUUCUAUUGUAGUAUUUUUCUACCUUACAUCUACGCAAGCGAAGAACGUGCGAAUUCAAUUAGACUCGGAGGAUCUUUUGAACAUAAUUAAAACUCUUAUCUCUAAAGAUGUGCCCGUACAAAGAAGUAAUUAUGGUUUUCGUAAUCCCUACCAUCCAGAGGACGGAAUGAUUGAUGAUAACAAAGCUGCAAACAAUUUUAAAACACACGACACAAGCAAAGUGCUUUUCCAAGAUUAUAAGUCGGAACGUACUAUUGAAUCGGAGAAUAAUGUAUUUUUAAAAGAUCCCAAUAAAAUAAGUGAUGAUGAGUUAGAAUAG